CUCUCUCUCUCUCUCUCUUUCGGUCUCUCCCUGGCCCUGGCUCCAUCUGUCUCUCUUCCCAUGUCUCAUCCCCUCUUUUAAUCUCCCCCAUCUCAUGCUUCCUAUCUCUGUCUCACUCUCUGGCGGAGCAUUGUGACCCGAGAACCAGCAGACCAGGUUCAUACUGCACUCCUUUCCCUGUCUCUCCAUGGCACCCUCACUAGCUCUGGCUGGGGCUGCCCUCCUGGCAGGUGUGGCCCCUUGCUCUGGGGACACCCCUGCCUCAGCUUCCCCCCCACCGACCUCAAGUCCCAAUACAAGCCAGGAGAGCAGCUGCCCUGGUUCUACACGCUGUCAACCUGGUGUCCUGCUGCCUGUGUGGGAGCCAGAUGAUCCAUCACUGGGAGACAAAGCUGCCAGAGCUGUGGUCUACUUUGUGGCCAUGGUCUACAUGUUCCUGGGUGUGUCCAUCAUCGCUGACCGUUUUAUGACCUCCAUCGAAGUCAUUACAUCCAAGGAGAAAGAGGUCACCGUCACCAAGAGCAAUGGGGAAACCAGUGUGGGCACUGUACGCAUCUGGAAUGAGACUGUCUCCAACCUGACUCUCAUGGCCCUGGGCUCCUCUGCCCCUGAGAUCCUCCUCUCCGUCAUCGAGGUGUGUGGCCACAACUUCCAGGCUGGGGAGCUGGGGCCGGGCACCAUAGUGGGCAGUGCCGCGUUCAACAUGUUUGUGGUCAUUGCCGUUUGCAUCUAUGUUAUCCCACCUGGAGAGAGCCGACGCAUCAAGCAUCUGAGGGUCUUCUUUGUCACAGCCUCCUGGAGCAUUUUUGCCUACAUCUGGCUCUACCUCAUUCUAGCUGUUAUCUCUCCUGGUGUUGUCCAGGUGUGGGAAGCCCUGCUCACUCUGGUGUUCUUCCCGGUAUGCGUGGUCUUCGCUUGGAUGGCCGACAAGCGCCUGCUUUUCUACAAGUAUGUCUACAAGCGUUACAGGGCAGACCCCCGAAGUGGCGUCAUUAUCGGGGCAGAGGGUGACUACCCCAAGGGCAUCGAGAUGGACGGCACCUUCGUGGGGCCGGAUCAUCACCGCGUAGAGGCUGGGAUCGGGCCGGGGCCAAGCCCCGAAGACCGUGAGCUGGACGAGAGCCGAAAGGAGGUGAUUCAGAUUCUCAAAGACCUGAAACAGAAACACCCCGACAAAGGCCUGGACCAGCUGGUGGGCAUGGCCAACUACUAUGCCCUUCUCCACCAGCAAAAGAGCCGAGCCUUCUACCGCAUCCAGGCCACACGCCUCAUGACUGGUGCCGGCAACGUGCUUCGGAAGCACGUGGCUGACGCCUCCAGGAAGCCGGCCCUGCUUGACGGUCCCGAUGAGGAAGAGGAGGACGGGGCCAGCCAUAUCUUUUUUGAGCCCAGUCUGUACCACUGUCUCGAGAACUGCGGCUCUGUCAUGCUCUCUGUCGCCUGCCAGGGUGGGGAAGGAAAUAGCACCUUUUAUGUUGACUACCGCACUGAGGAUGGUUCUGCCAAGGCUGGCUCGGACUAUGAAUACAGUGAGGGCACGUUGGUUUUCAAGCCUGGUGAGACCCAGAAGGAGCUACGCAUUGGCAUCAUAGAUGAUGACAUCUUUGAGGAAGAUGAACACUUCUUUGUGCGGCUGAUGAAUCUGCGGGUUGGCGAUGCCCAGGGCAUGUUCGAGCCUGACGGCGGUGGGAGACCCAAGGGCCGGCUGGUGUCCCCUGCCCUUGCCACGGUCACCAUCCUGGACGACGACCAUGCGGGCAUCUUCACUUUCCAGGACCGGCGGUUGCAUGUCAGCGAGUGCAUGGGCACUGUGGAUGUCCGAGUGAUCCGCAGCUCUGGGGCCCGAGGCACCGUGCGCCUGCCCUAUCGCACGGUGGAGGGCACGGCUCGUGGCGGGGGUGUCCACUAUGAGGAUGCCUGCGGGGAGCUUGAGUUUGGAGACGACGAGACCAUGAAGACUCUCCAGGUGAAGAUAGUGGAUGACGAGGAGUAUGAGAAGAAAGACAACUUCUUUAUCGAGCUGGGCCAACCCCAGUGGCUGAAGCGAGGGAUCUCAGCCCUCUUGCUCAAUCAGGGGGAUGGAGACCGGAAGCUGACUGCCGAAGAAGAGGAGGCCCGGAGAAUUGCAGAGAUGGGGAAGCCGGUCCUGGGUGACAACUGUCGCCUUGAAGUCAUCAUAGAAGAAUCUUAUGACUUUAAGAACACAGUGGAUAAGCUCAUUAAGAAAACAAACCUGGCUCUGGUAAUUGGCACCCAUUCCUGGAGGGAACAAUUUCUAGAAGCCAUCACCGUCAGUGCAGGGGAUGAGGAAGAGGAGGAGGAUGGGACAAGGGAGGAGCGGCUGCCCUCCUGCUUUGACUACGUGAUGCACUUUCUGACCGUCUUCUGGAAGGUGCUGUUUGCUUGCGUCCCCCCCACCGAGUACUGCCAUGGCUGGGCCUGCUUCGGAGUCUCCAUCUUGGUCAUUGGGCUCUUGACUGCCCUCAUCGGUGACCUGGCUUCCCACUUUGGCUGCACAGUUGGCCUCAAGGACUCUGUCAAUGCAGUAGUCUUUGUGGCCCUUGGGACAUCCAUCCCAGACACGUUUGCCAGCAAGGUGGCCGCCCUGCAGGACCAGUGCGCUGACGCUUCCAUUGGCAACGUGACUGGAUCGAACGCGGUGAACGUCUUCCUAGGCCUGGGCGUAGCCUGGUCGGUGGCCGCUGUCUACUGGGCGGCCCAGGGCAGGGCCUUCGAGGUGCAGGCCGGAGCCCUGGCCUUCUCCGUCACGCUCUUCACCAUCUUCGCUUUCGUGGCCGUCUCAGUCCUGCUGUACCGCCGGCGGCCCCACAUCGGGGGCGAGCUGGGGGGGCCCCGAGGGCCCAAACUGGCCACUGCAGCCCUCUUCCUAGGCCUCUGGCUGCUCUACAUCCUCUUUGCUAGCCUGGAGGCCUACUGCCACAUCCGGGGCUUCUAGAAGAUGCCUCUGCUGCCACCUCUGGGCAGCCCUCCUGCCCUGCCCAUCCUAAGGAUCUAUGACCACACCCAGGGCUCCUGGGGUGGGGGUGGCACAAUACAAUCCCAGGGAGCCCUGUCCUCAUGCCUGGGUAGCUACUGCCACACCCCUGGCUUCUAGGGCCCCUCCCCCAGCUCUGGAAUGCUCUGCCCUCGCCCUUGGGGAAAAUCCUCCUCCAGGGAGCCCUCUCCCUUCUCCCUUCCUAAGGAUAUUGCCAUAUCCUCCAUCCUCUCCUUCCAGGCUGGGAUUCUCACGCCAAGCUCCAGAGACAGCACCUCCUCCUGGGCCCCUAGGAAUACAGCCUCCUCCAGGGAGCCUGCCCAGCAUUCCUGACCAGAAGAGCUACUGCCGCAGCUGGGCACUGCCCAGAGCCGCCCUCCCCUCCCCGUUCCUCCCCAGGCUCCCUUGCAGGGAGAUCUCCCUGUCCUCAGAAUACUGCCAGGCUUGGGCUCCCAGGCCGCCCUGCCCACGGAGGCCUCCUGACCACCUUGUGUCCAAGCCAUAGCUUCCAGCCCCUCCUCCAUGCUCUGCUCUCCCCCUCCCCCCCCCCCCGCCCCGCACCACCUCCAGGGAGCUCAGCUCUGUUUCAUAGCCCAAGAACCUACUGCCACCCACUCAGUCUUCUGGGGAUUCGCGUUCAGAGAGUGUAUCUGUUGGCUCCUGAAGGGACCAGAGACUCCUUCCCCCAAGGCCCCCUUCUAAAGAGUCAUGUCCUCAUUCUCACCAGCCUUAGAGCCCAGGGUUUUGGGGAACCCUCUUGGGGCUGCCUUCUCCGGCGAGUUCCCCAGCUCCUGGGACUGCCCUGCUCCUGUCUUAUUGUGAGUCCUUGGUCCCUCUCCCACUCCCUGACCUGUGGACGCCUCUCUGGGUGGGGUGGACAGAGCCCUCAUGCCCGGAACCAGGAGCUCUGGCUUCUAGUGCCCUCAGACUCAAUAUAUGACCUGGGGCCAGUCUCUUUUCUCCUUGAGGGAAUUGCGGGGCCCCUCCUUAUCUGGCUCCUGCCCUGCUCAGGCCAGGGCAGGAUGGGGAUGACUCAGGCCCGUGACACCUGGGGAUUGGAAUGCACUUUGCGCCUGCAACUUCGAACAUUCCAGGGGCCCCUGCUUGUCCUGCUACCUCUGGGCCCCGGCUGGGAACGGGGGAGGG